AAACCUAGGAGAGGGAGAGUGUGCUUUUUCUUUUUUGUCGUGCUCUUUUGGUUUCCCGGGUUUUCGCUUAUUCAUCGGGUUUCACUUCCAGCUCUCAAAAUCGCGAUUCAAAUAGAGACAGAUAGAGACAGAGGGGGUCUAGGGUUUUUUUCGUAUGGUACAGUUUCGGACUCGAGAUUAUUUGAUUUCGGCUAAGUUUCACUAUUUCAGGUUAACCUAGAAACAACAAUGUCUGAACGUCGUGCUAAGCGUCCCAAAAUCUCCAGAGGGGAAGAUGACUUUUUGCCUGGGAAUAUUAUCGAAAUCGAGCUUCACAAUUUCAUGACGUUUGAUCACUUGGUAUGCAAACCUGGAUCACGUUUGAACCUUGUAAUUGGACCAAACGGAUCAGGUAAAAGUUCUCUCGUCUGUGCCAUUGCACUUUGUCUUGGUGGUGAGCCUCAGCUUCUUGGUAGAGCAACCAGUGUUGGUGCAUAUGUUAAGCGUGGAGAAGAUUCUGGCUAUGUCAAAAUCUCUCUGAGAGGGAACACCAACGAAGAAAAUUUUACGAUUUGCCGUAAGAUCGAUACACGGAACAAGUCGGAGUGGAUGUUCAAUGGUAACGCGACUAGUAAGAGGGAGGUAGUUGAGAUCAUCCAGAAGUUUAACAUCCAAGUUAACAAUCUUACGCAGUUCUUGCCACAAGACAGGGUUUGCGAGUUUGCUAAGUUAACUCCUGUGCAGCUUUUGGAGGAGACAGAAAAAGCUGUUGGUGAUCCUCAGUUGCCAGUCCAUCAUCGCGCGCUUGUUGAUAAAAGCCGUGAACUGAAGCAGCUUGAGAGAGCUGUGCAGAAAAAUGGGGAGACGCUGAAUCAGCUUAAGGCUCUUGUUGAUGAGCAAGAGAAGGAUGUGGGACGUGUUAGGCAGAGAGAGUUGUUUUUGACUAAGGUUGAUUCUAUGAAGAAGAAAUUGCCAUGGCUAAAUUAUGAUAUGAGAAAGGCUGAGUACAUGGAUUCUAAGAAGAGAAUGAAGGAAGCCCAGAAAAAAUUGGAUGACGCUGCAAGGAAUUUGAACAGCAUGAAGGAACCUAUUGAAAAGCAAAAGAAGGAUAAAGCAGAGAUAGAUUCAAACUGCAAAAAGGUUAAGAAUCUCCUGGAUGCAAAUGGAAGAAACCGUGGUAACUUGCUCGAGAAAGAAGAUGAGGCAGAAGCACGUGUAGUGGCAACAUACAAAGAACUGGAGGAACUGAAGAAACAAGAAGAGCAUCGCCAAGAAAGGAUUCUGAAAGCUACUGAGGAUCUGGUUGCUGCGGAACGAGAACUCCAAGAUCUGCCUGUAUAUGAACGUCCUGUAGCCAAACUUGAAGAAUUGAGCUCUCAGAUUGCAGAGCUGCAUCAGAGCAUUAACCGGAACAAGAGUCAGAAGGUGGACAACGAGAGGCUUUUGUCUCAGAAGAAAUUCACCCUGAGGCAGUCCGUAGAUAAGUUGAAGGACAUGGAGAAUGCAAAUAACAAACUCUUAAAUNGUAAAAGUUCUCUCGUCUGUGCCAUUGCACUUUGUCUUGGUGGUGAGCCUCAGCUUCUUGGUAGAGCAACCAGUGUUGGUGCAUAUGUUAAGCGUGGAGAAGAUUCUGGCUAUGUCAAAAUCUCUCUGAGAGGGAACACCAACGAAGAAAAUUUUACGAUUUGCCGUAAGAUCGAUACACGGAACAAGUCGGAGUGGAUGUUCAAUGGUAACGCGACUAGUAAGAGGGAGGUAGUUGAGAUCAUCCAGAAGUUUAACAUCCAAGUUAACAAUCUUACGCAGUUCUUGCCACAAGACAGGGUUUGCGAGUUUGCUAAGUUAACUCCUGUGCAGCUUUUGGAGGAGACAGAAAAAGCUGUUGGUGAUCCUCAGUUGCCAGUCCAUCAUCGCGCGCUUGUUGAUAAAAGCCGUGAACUGAAGCAGCUUGAGAGAGCUGUGCAGAAAAAUGGGGAGACGCUGAAUCAGCUUAAGGCUCUUGUUGAUGAGCAAGAGAAGGAUGUGGGACGUGUUAGGCAGAGAGAGUUGUUUUUGACUAAGGUUGAUUCUAUGAAGAAGAAAUUGCCAUGGCUAAAUUAUGAUAUGAGAAAGGCUGAGUACAUGGAUUCUAAGAAGAGAAUGAAGGAAGCCCAGAAAAAAUUGGAUGACGCUGCAAGGAAUUUGAACAGCAUGAAGGAACCUAUUGAAAAGCAAAAGAAGGAUAAAGCAGAGAUAGAUUCAAACUGCAAAAAGGUUAAGAAUCUCCUGGAUGCAAAUGGAAGAAACCGUGGUAACUUGCUCGAGAAAGAAGAUGAGGCAGAAGCACGUGUAGUGGCAACAUACAAAGAACUGGAGGAACUGAAGAAACAAGAAGAGCAUCGCCAAGAAAGGAUUCUGAAAGCUACUGAGGAUCUGGUUGCUGCGGAACGAGAACUCCAAGAUCUGCCUGUAUAUGAACGUCCUGUAGCCAAACUUGAAGAAUUGAGCUCUCAGAUUNAGGACAUGGAUUCUUCAGUUGCUAAGCUGAUUGAUCAGGCUUCCAGAGCUAAUGCUGACCGCUAUACAUAUGCGAUGAAUCUUAAGAAAUUGCUCGUGGAUUCUGUUGCUCAUAGGUGGAGUUACGCCGAGAAGCAUAUGGCUUCUAUUGAAUUGGAAAGAAAGAUCAGAGAGUCGGAAGUCAAUAUCAAACAAUAUGAGAAAGUGGCACAGCAGCUAUCUGUCAGCGUUGAAAUUGGAAGCGGCUAUACAAGACAANAACGAUUCGACGUUCCUGUUCUAAACUUUGUGGGCGAAGGCGGCAAUCAAAAGGCUUCCUUUCAUAUUUCUGAUCAGAUGCGUUCCCUUGGGAUCCAUGCUCGGCUUGAUCAGAUAUUUGAUGCUCCUGACGCCAUCAAGGAGGUUUUAACUUCCCAGUUUGGUCUGGAUGACUCGUACAUUGGAUCGAAGAUUACUGAUCAGAGGGCUGAAGAAGUCUCCAAGUUGGGUGUUAGAGAUUUUUGGACACCGGACAAUCACUACCGGUGGUCUUCCUCAAGGUAUGGUGGUCAUUCCUCUGCAAGUGUAGAUUCUGUAUAUCCAUCACGUCUUUUAUUAUGUGGGGUGGACGUUGGGGAGCUUGAGAAACUGAGAUCAAGAAAGGAGGAGUUAGAAGACGCUAUUUCAUCCAUUGAGGAAACUCUCAAGAGUCUUCAAACAGAGCAAAGACUUUUGGAAGAAGAAGCCGCUAAACUUCAUAAAGAAAGGGAGGAGAUAGUUAAUGCUUCGCAUCUGGAGAAGAAAAAACGCCGCGAGUUGGAAACCCGUUACCAGCAAAGGAAGAUGAAGCUACAAUCCUUGGAGCAAGAGGAGGACAUGGAUGCUUCAGUUGCUAAGCUGAUUGAUCAGGCUUCCAGAGCUAAUGCUGACCGCUAUACAUAUGCGAUGAAUCUCAAGAAAUUGCUCGUGGAUUCUGUUGCUCAUAGGUGGAGUUACACCGAGAAGCAUAUGGCUUCUAUUGAAUUGGAAAGAAAGAUCAGAGAGUCGGAAGUCAAUAUCAAACAAUAUGAGAAAGUGGCACAGCAGCUAUCUGUCAGCGUUGAGUAUUGUAAGAAAGAGGUAGAAGGAAAGCAGGUGCAGCUAGCAGCUGCCAAGAGGAAUGCAGAAUCUAUUGCAACCAUCACACCUGAACUUAAAAAGGAGUUCGUCGAGAUGCCUACCACAAUUGAAGAAUUGGAAGCGGCUAUACAAGACAAUAUGUCUCAAGCCAAUUCGAUCCUUUUCGUAAACGAGAACAUACUGCAAGAGUAUGAACAUCGCCAAAAACAGAUAGAAACUAUUUCUACAAAGCUCGAAGCUGAUAAAAGAGAUCUGAGCAAAUGCUUGAAAGAUAUCGAUUCGCUAAAGGAGAAAUGGCUUCCGACAUUGAGACAGCUUGUUGGUCAGAUAAAUGAAACUUUCAGCCACAACUUUCAAGAAAUGGCAGUUGCAGGAGAAAUUUCAUUGGAUGAGCGUGACACCGACUUUGAUCAAUACGGAAUACAUAUCAAAGUGAAAUUCAGGGAGUCAGGGAAACUACAGGUUCUAAGUUCUCACCACCAAUCUGGAGGAGAGCGUUCUGUCUCAACUAUCCUUUACCUUGUCUCUCUUCAAGAUCUGACAAACUGUCCUUUCAGGGUUGUUGAUGAGAUUAAUCAAGGUAUGGAUCCUAUAAACGAAAGGAAGAUGUUUCAACAAUUGGUUAGAGCUGCAAGCCAACCAAACACACCACAGUGCUUCUUACUGACCCCGAAACUCUUGCCGGAGCUAGAAUACAGUGAAGCAUGUAGCAUUCUGAACAUCAUGAACGGUCCUUGGAUCGAGCAGCCUUCAAAAGUUUGGAGCUUUGGUGGCAGUUGGGGCAAUCUCAUGAGACGAAACGAAGCUAGUCAAUGCUCUUAACUUCAUCAUCAUCUUUCUAGUUUCGGUUAUCGAAAAACAAAUGUAUUUACGUAGGAUUUGUGUAUUUAUGCUGUUAAACCAGCCGGUCAGACCAGACUGAAUCUGAACCGAAUUCGUGUUUUCUUUUUGGUUUACAUUCUCUAAGGAAAAAGUAUAAAAGUUCCAUGGC